GCCAGGUGGAGCCGCCUAUGGCGGCGCGGAAGCCGCGCUUCAGGUCAGCGUCGGGACAAAGCCAGGUCCAGGUAGAGCCCAUGGGCGGAGGGAGUAGAGCGGCCACGAUGAGGUGCUGUGGCGUCUGCGCCUUCGAUGCCACCCGAGGGCCCAGGCGGCUGAUGCGCGUGGGACUCGCGCUGAUCCUGGUGGGCCACGUGAACCUCCUGGUGGGAGCUGUGUUGCAUGGUACUGUCCUGCGGCACGUGGCCAACCCCCGUGGCGCGGUCACUCCUGAGUACACCACAGCCAAUGUCAUUUCUGUGGGUUCGGGACUACUGAGCGUUUCCGUGGGACUUGUGGCCCUCUUGGCAUCCAGGAACCUUCUUCGCCCACGACUGCACUGGGCCCUGCUGACGCUGGCCUUGGUGAACCUGCUCUUAUCUGCUGCCUGCUCCAUGGGCCUCCUCCUGGCUGUAUCGCUCACUGUUGCCAAUGGUGGCCGCCGUCUUAUUGCUGAUUGCCACCCAGGACUGAUGGAUCCUUCCAUACCGCUAGACCAGGGGCCUGGACACACUGACUGCUCCUUUGAUCCCACAAGAAUUUAUGAUACAGCUUUGGCUCUCUGGAUCCCUUCUGUGUUCAUGUCUGCAGCUGAGGCUGCUCUUUCUGGUUACUGUUGUGUGGCUGCACUCACGCUACGGGGAAUUGGGCCCUGCAGGAAGGAAGGGUUGCAGGAACAGCUGCAGGAACUGACAGAGCUUGAACUUCCUGAGUGUAAAAGGCAGGAGAACGUGCAGCUGCUCCAUGGCCGUCAGGACUUCCAGGCCUUACAGAAGACCUGGGUUUAGGCAGGUGUUCUUCUGAGGCGCAGUCCAGGUGUUUUCUACUACGCACGCACGGGGCCCUGACCUUAGGGUGGUAUAAACAAUUGUAAUAAAAGAACUUGUAUUUUGUUUUC